AAAUCGGGUGUCUAUGUAUAUUUGACGUCUACGGUCAAGCAUGCAUGGUCAAUUUCAACUCGACUAAUGAGUCUCUUACGUAGUUGAAGUUGUGCUUUCGAAAAGUAGCGUACGCGUAUCACAUUCGGAGUUCGACGGCUGACCUUUGCUUGUCGUCGCAUUGGGAACAUUCGCUCGGUUAGCUGAGCAACAGUUCGCCUCCGACGUGUCUACGGACGGACGGGGAACCUGCUGCUGUGACUGCCAUGGCUUCGCUGGGCAACUCGGCGGCCACUUCCUUGAGUAGUAGUCCCAUGGUGGUGCUGGCGCCCAAGACCAAGACGAAAAAGAAACACUUUGUUCAGCAGAAGGUGAAAGUGUUCCGAGCCAGCGAGCCUGUCCUCAGCGUGUUCAUGUGGGGCGUCAAUCACUCGAUUAACGAUCUCAACCAGGUUCCGGUACCAGUCAUGUUGCUGCCUGAUGACUUCAAGGCCAACACAAAGAUCAAAGUUAACAACCAUCUUUUCAACAAAGAAAAUCUUCCUGGACAUUUUAAAUUCAAGGAGUAUUGUCCUCAAGUCUUUAGAAAUCUAAGAGAACGCUUCGGUAUUGAAGAUUUGGACUAUCAGGUGUCGUUGACCCGCAGUCCCCCGACGAGGAGCGUCAACGAGCAAGGAGAGGGGCUGCUCCUCAACUCCUAUGACCGUACUCUGAUCGUCAAGCAAAUCUCCAGCGAGGACGUGGCGGACAUGCACAGCAUCCUGUCAGAGUAUCACCAGCACAUCGUGAAGUGUCACGGGAGCACCCUGCUGCCACAGUUCCUGGGAAUGUACCGGGUGAGUGUGGAGAGUGAAGAGACCUACCUGAUUGUCAUGAGGAACAUGUUCAGCCACAGAAUGGUGGUCCACAGGAAGUACGACCUGAAGGGUUCUCUGGUGGAUCGGGAAGCAAGCGACAAAGAGCGAGGUAAAGAGCUUCCCACCUUUAAGGACAUGGACUUCAGAAACAACAUGCAGAAGGUGUACGUGACAGAGGAGCAGAAGGAGAAGUUAAUGGAAAAACUAAAUCGGGAUGUGGAGUUCCUGGUGAAGUUGAAGAUCAUGGACUACAGCCUGCUGCUGGGCAUCCACGAUGCAGGCCGGGCCGAGCGGGAGGAGGAGGAAUGCGAAGAGGUUUCCAACGAGGACGAGCAGGAGGCGGAGAACGGCUCGGCCCCCGGUCCCGCCGCAGGCUCUUACGGCACAUCUCCGGAGGGGAUCGCCGGUUACAUGUCCUGCUGCAAGCCUCUCGGGGCCGGGGAGUUUGACCCUUACGUGGACGUCUACGCUGUCUCCAGCUGCCCGGGCGCCCCUCAGAGGGAGGUCUACUUCAUGGGCCUGAUCGAUGUCCUCACUCAGUACGACACCAAGAAGAAAGCCGCUCACGCUGCCAAGACCGUCAAACACGGGGCGGGCGCUGAAAUUUCCACCGUACACCCCGAGCAGUAUGCCAAACGAUUCCGGGACUUCAUUUCUAACAUUUUUGCAUAAACUGAACACAGAACUCGGAGCCUCUUACCAUUGACCAAACUGUGUGCGCGCAGGCAAUAUUUUUAAUUGGUUGACAUGAAGAAAGACUACUUGGGUUGUUUAAACAGUAAAGUGUGCUUCAUAGUCAUAUAUAUAUAUAUAUAUAUAUAUAUAUAUAUAUUUUUUCCCCAGAUUUGCUAUCACUGUUCUUCUAAAAGGAAUGAAUCUGGAGCUGUAACUUACCUUGAUCAGUCUUCAAGUGGGCAACAGAGUUUCUCCCAUGAAAAUACCUUUACACUAAAAACUACUUUACAUUUCGAAAGAAAUUGCCUUUUCAAAGUUGGCCCUUUUUGGAAAUUUGUCAUUGUGCCAGGAGAGGCCGCUGUUGUUUAGUGGAGCUGCAGGUGGCAUUCAAGUCUCGUGGCAAUUGCAUAGCCUCCCAUUGAGCCAUUAAAACUGCCCAUUGUCAUCACGUCUCCAACUCCAUCAUGACAAAGUCAAUUCCGUUUUGCAAAAACCUGCGGACGUACAGUACAUUCCGGGAAGUCCGAGCUUCACAUUUUUGUUUUCCAAGUAAAUGACAUGAUGGUAUUUUGGAGGCCGCACGGCAGACGUGAAAGUGGCAGUAACUUUCUUACGGGAAGCUCGGCAAGAAAGUGAAUAUGGGAAUUCCUUAGUCUUGAAUGGCGAUAACCGAAGAAACCUUACAAAGUAACGCGUUACUCCAAAAAUUCGGUUCCGGUGACGUCAUAAGUAAUCUAACGCGUUCCUUUUUAUAUUGGAGUCGUCCGAAUACAGUUACUUUGAUUUAUCUGCCAAUAGUUAUUUUUUUCUUCCCGAGAACCAGAGCUUAAUAUCCUUUUGAUAUUAAAAUAUGCCAUUUUUGCUUUGGCAUCAGAUAUUAAGCAUUAACAAACUACAGUGCUUGGGAACGUGAGGCAAGUCGAUAACCAAGACACUUGAUUCAGUCACAGCGCAUGUCAUAAGUGUAGCCCAAUUUUCAGCCUCUGUUUUAGAAAUGACUAAUAAAACGACGACGACGACUAUCCAGAACUAAAAUGCACCCAACGACUAACUACAAUAUCAAAAAAGGCGACAUCUUCCUAAACUGAGCCGUCUGAGGCAAUGGCGUCACGUGAUGUGUUGCAUGUUUUCCGCACACGGUCGACUCACGUGCACCCAAGCAGGCAGCGGCGCAAAAACAUUGGACGGGGGCGAGGGAUUGGCACACUUAAACUGGAAAUACAGCCGCUACUUGGAGUUUCUCGAAAGAGGACAAUACGAAGGUUCGUUGUACGUUAGGCGCACGCACGCACACACACACACGGUUGCCUUCAUGGACCCCCAGACAAUCGGCAGGGGUGCUACAGUGUGUCUGUCUGUCUAUCUAGCUAUCAGUUAAGAGUCUUUAAAGAACUGUACUUGUUUGUUUAGGUGGCUAGUUGGUAUGUCAAGUCUGCACUAAGUUGCUCAUUUAAUGUGGCUUCAACUACACGUAUUUAAGUUAUUUGUUCAUGUUGAUAGCAUUCUGUAACUUGACGUACAUUACAUGAAGUAAUGGGUGCAGUUAAGCUAAUGCUUUUUUUGUACUGUGGAUAAGUGAUAUUCCUGCCACUUGACAGCUGCUGAAAGUAACUACAAAGUUUUACUUUUAAGAUCAAGUAAUCAGUAAAGUAACUAAGUUACUUUUUCAAGGUAACUGUGGCAACACUGACCAGCACAUACACGGAGGGCCAAAUGAGUAACUUCCUUCACAGUGAGGCAUGCAGAAUUUGCACUUGACUGUUUGUUUGAAAGGAUUACCAUACAUGCAAAUAAAAGGCAUAGAGAAGCAUAUUUGACUUGGUAAAUAUUUAUUUGAAUUUAAAGCAUAUCGUAGUGGUAGUUUAUUGAAGACGGUGUAAUGUUGUUUUGUAAGAAAUCUAGCAAUACAUUCGGUAGGUAUUUGGUCAUAUUGCAGAUUUAGUGACCGGCAAUGUUUAAUUCUGCAGCUCAGUAGCUUAGCAGUUGCCUGAAUAUCAUGCAGUAUUAAAAAAAAAAAACUGGCAAGGUAAAAACUGUACUGUUUGAGGUCUGCUCUUCUCAAUUGAUUGUAUUUUUGUAUUCAGAAUAUCAGCAUUUUGACCAAAAUAUAUUUUACAAAUUAUAAAACAGGUCUGAGUUGUCACUUGUGUUCAUUCUUACUAACAAAGUUAAAAUAAAAAAAUACAACAGUCCUGA